AUGGCGAGUAGGGCUAAAUACGAACCACAAAACUCUCCGCUAUCUCUGAUUCGAACACCUAAACCUGACGAUGUUAUCAAGGUCUCCAAAUCCGUGUUUUACGUCUUCACGGACCGCUUCUGUCGUGCCAUUUGUAUGGAUUGGAAGAGGGGAAAGGUCAGCGACGAUGGCAAGUAUGUUUUUAUCAAUUCAGAAGACUUGGUCCGAGGAUCUGCGUUGUGUGAGGACGAGAAGAAGCUGAGCGCGUUGUUGUACAGACAGUUGUUCCAUUAUCUGCCUAAUAUGUUGAAGGAAACAGUAAGUCUAUAUCUGUGUUUGGAGGCUGGUUUGUUGGUUAUAGUUUUAUCUAUAUUUUCUUUGAUUUAUACGGUAUUUGGUUUGAUAGUUUUCUAAAUUCAAGUUGACACAUCAAUAUUUGAAGAUAUGAUUUCGAUUUUCUAGAAAUGGCGUCUGAUAAUUCUGAAGGAAGUAGAACACAUUUUGACCAGCAGAUGGUGUGUUACAAGUAGAAGAUUAGCGCGAAUCAUAUUCUUGACCAGAGCGUUUUUUUUGAUCGAAUUCUAUCAGAAAUGGCUGAUCGACGAGUUGGAUUUGGAAGACGAAAAGUUUAGGUAUAGCAUGUCUGGCCAAGGGUAUCAGGACUUGUUCUGUGCUGUCAGAAUGGAGACUGGAGUUUACUACUAUCAAAGCUUUUUGUCUGAUAAGUAAGUUUUUAAUGAUUUUGGUUUUGUUGUGUGAAUUACUUUAUUCUUUUUCCACACACUUAUGGCUUCUAUGCGAAGAUCUACGUAUUUUACCUUGUUUUUUCAUUAAAUUUGUAAUAUUUGUGAUUCAUUAUAAAAUUUUAGCUUCGGAUUUCCAAACGAUUCAUGUUUUUCACACAUUGCCCGGUCGAUUGUCUAUAGCAUUACUGAUAUUUUGAAGAGAAAGGAUGGACCUAAAACUUUCAAGCACUUUCUCCAACUCGCAGAUGUUCCAAAGGAACAAAUAUUGUAAGUAUUUUUUAUAUAAAUCAAGUCAUUUUAAUUUUUUUGAUUACAUUAGAAGAAUGGAGGCUUUUAUUGUAAUUUUAGAUAUUAAAAUAAAAAUUUCAGAGGCUACUUGAACACAACUGACCUGUUGUCGCUCAGACUGGUCAACAAAGAGAUGAAGAACCGGGUUGAUCGUACUUUAGUCCACAGAAAGCCAUUUGUCAUUGACAAGACCAGGUUCCAACAAGUUUCGUAUGACAAUGGAGAAGUUACAAUCAAAUUGAACAUACCUCAACAACGGUUCUUCCCGAGUUCUUCUUGUACAUUGACUCCGGAAUACUUUAUCAAUCAUCUCAAUAAGUUUAAUGUUAUGGUAAGUGUCUGUGGAGAGCAAAUUAGGAAAAAAUGACUUGUGAUGUGCCUGAGGUUGUGUUAGAGUCAACAUUAAUGUACCCUUUUAGAAGCAGCUUCACUUCCUCACUCCAUGGCUUCUGAAGACCUACCGUUUUGCGUCGUUCUCCCACCUCACCGCCCAAACCAACAAAUUCGAAGCAGAAUUGGUCGCGGCGGUACUUCACGACCUUCCGAAGCUCAAAGUCGUCAAAAUCGCUUACACCUGUUCACUAAGUAACGAUCAAUUGGAAAGGAUAAAAUCUCUGAUUUCCACUUCUCAAUUCGAAAUUGACUCCAUAACCACUAACGUUAUCGUUCUCCAUCGUUCCAAGCUCACUCACACCAUCGACUCACCUCGCGAGGAUGACGAGUGUUCUCCCGUGAAGAAAGGUCGCUUCUGUUUCCGCGGACAUGGAGAAUUCAGUCGAGAACUGUAA